GCGAACCUCCCCUCAAAUCCACAGCUUCCUCCACCCUUCCCGCCACCACCCCUCGACUCUCGACUGUUGACCCCUCGACUCUCGACUGUUGGCCCCGUGUAGCUGCGAGUUCUGUUUGCUUACAGGCCUCUUGAUGCAACAUCUGCACCACCAAUUGUCAAUUGUAUUGUGGAUCCAUUGGUCGAGGGUGUGUCGUUUGUCUUCCCCGUUGGAGUGAACUUGUUGUUCGUGGUGAGAACUGUUGGAUUUAACUUGUUGUUCGUGGUGAGAACUGUCUGUUAGUGGUAGUAGUAGGAGAGAGAGAGAGAGAGAGAGAGAGAGAGAGAGAGAGAGAGAGAGAGAGAGAGAGAGAGAGAGAGAGAGAGAGAGAGAGAGAGAGUUGACCUCUGUGCCUUAGACUCCCUCACCUUUCUCUCCGUCCUGUCUGAAUCAUGAGCGAGUUACGUGAUGAACUGAUGGCCAUGGGGUUUCUGUAGAAGGGCUUGAGUACUACUAUCAGUCGUUGCAGUUUUUCAACGAAGGUUUUGAGGAGGGGGGAUUGGGGAGAUGUAGCAUUCUAGCCUCUGGGCAAUUGACAGGUAAGUUCGUGCACAGUAGCUUGAGAGAGGAUCGAAUACCAACUAUUCAAUUCCCCUACCACAAUUAGCUACACCCGCAGUUGGAUUAUACCAGGGAAAAAAAGGAGCUGAAAUAGUUGUGCUCGUAGUCCUGCUCAUCCGCCACGAGGUGGGCACAACAAGGAGUCUGCACUGCAACAACUUGCAUCACGAGUUAUGGACUGGGAAGAGCAUGGAGAUAACCCUUUUGAAGAUGAUGAUGAGGAGGUGGAUACUGAUCACCAAGAAUCAGCUGGUGGAAAGCAGCUGAUUGUCUACCUAGUAGACUGCUGCCCAGAUAUGUUUCUUGAGCCUGAGGACUCCGCCCAUGCCACUUACUUCGAUAUGGCACUUCAGGCAAUCGUUGCUGACCUGAAGUAUCGCGUCCUGGCAAGCGAUAAGGAUCAGGCUGGGGUAUGCUUUUUCAACACCCGUGAGAAGAAGAACAUCCAGGAGUGGGAUGGUGUGUACGUUCUCCACGAAGUGGGUCCUCUUUCCGUGCAGCUUAUACAGAACGUGCGUGCCGCGUCGAGGGAGUUUGAACACAAGAUCGGCUCGUGGAAUGCAAGCUUCGGAAGCUCGGCAGCGAAGAAUCCCCUUCAGCAUGGUCUGUGGACUGCUCAGUCUCUUCUUCAAAGUUUGUCUAUGAAGAAGGCUGUGAAACGCGUCCUGCUUUUUACGAACGAUGAUGAUCCUUUUGGAGGCGUUGGAUCUGCUGCAGUGGCUUCUGACAAGACAAAGAUGACGGUACAGAGGGCGAAUGACAUGCAAGGCCUUGGGAUUUCAAUUGAGCUAUUCCCCAUGAACCGGCCAGGCGAAGAAUUCAACGUUGGUUUGUUCUACAGAGAUAUGGUCAAGGUUGACGACGAGGACGAGAAGUCGGGCUACAUGGUUGUCGCCACACAGCGGUUUGAAGACCUUCUUUAUCAGGUGAAGAAGAAAACCUAUUCCAAGCGCGUUCUACGACAGUUGAAGUUCAACAUCUGCCAUGGAGUCGAGAUCGCGGUCAGCAUGUAUGCGAUGCUGAGGGAGGCAAAGCCGCCAAAGCAUGAGCUUGUUCGUGCGCGCGACAAUCUCCCAGUCAAAACGGAGACCGCGAACAUUUGCAACGACACCGGCGCAAUCAUGCCUAGUGCUAGUAAGAAGUUCUACAAGUACGGAGACGAGAAAGUCGUUUUCACACAAAAGGAGCUUACAGAAGUGAAGUCGCUAAUGUCGGGACGACCGGUUAUGAAACUCCUGGGAUUCAAGCCCCUCGCGUGUCUGAAGGAUUAUCACAAUCUUCGUCCGUCCGUGUUCAUUUACCCAGACGAGAGCGCUGUAAGUGGAAGCACCAGGGUCUUCAUUGCGCUGCACAAGCCAAUGUUGCGCCUUGGGCGAUUUGCAGUAUGUGUUACACCUAGCCAUCUAUACGAGCCGCUGCUGGUGGCACUCGUUGCACAGGAGGAGGUAGUCGACGAAGCAGGUCAGCUCACUCCACCAGGGAUGCAAAUGAUUUACUUGCCGUAUUGUGACGAUAUACGUUACCCUGAAAAAAUCAGCGCUGAUGGAGACAAGCCUUCAGCACGUGCAGCGGACGAUCAGAUCAGCAGGGCGAUGACGAUGAUUCAGAAGUUGAAUCUAACAGAUUUCUCCAUGCAGGGCAUUCAUAACCCUGGGCUGCAGAGACAUUACGCAGUGCUGGAGGCAUGUGCGCUACAAGAGGACACAGUCAGUGAUUUCAAAGAUGACACUCUGCCAAAUGAGAAGGGUUUCGCAAAGCCAUCGGCUGUUGCAGCCAUCACAGCAUUCAAGGAUGAGGUGUAUGGCCCUAAUCAUGAUGCUGAAGAGGCUGAAGCUGCGGCGAAAGCUGGAGCAGGAGCACAGAAGCGGAAGGCGGCGGCGGAGGCGGCUGCCACACAAGCAGCAAGCUAUGACUGGGGGCAGCUAGCAAAGGCUGGGAAGUUCAAGUCAUUGACAGUUGUAGAGCUGAAGUUUUAUCUAGCAGCUCAUGGUCUAUCACAGGUGGGAAAGAAAGAUGUGCUAAUACAAAGAAUACUGGAUCAUCUCAAGGUGUAGUGAGAAAUCUUCAUGGGUGCAGUACGUACUACACGUACAUUUCAUUACUCGGCAGUAGCAGGAAGGUAGCGAGGGUGAGUAAACACCUAAGGUGUUGAUGCAAAGGAUAGUGAGCAUCUGAAGGGUUACAGGGUAGAGUGUAGUGCGAGGGUGUAGCUAGAGGGUGUGAGAGGGUAGUGAGAGAACACCAGUGUACAGUACGCAUGCUGUCGGUUGUGGGGACGAGCAGAGGAGGAGGAGGAGGUAGGGAUGACCUGGCACCUGAGCUGUGGGGUGUGUAGAUGCAACAGAGUAGUGGAGCGUCAGCAGGUGCUGCGUGAUGGGCGGCCAUCUCGCAUGGUUGAGAGAGAUUGGUCCGGCUUGUAUGUGGUGGACGACUAUCUUGUCGAUUGUCGGUAGCAGGGAGGGAGGUAUGGCUGACCGAACGCCUGGCAGGAGUCGAACCCUGCUCUUUCCUUAGGUGAACUUUGGUUACAUGGGUCGGGCGAAAUCCACGCAAGGCUUGUUUGUCAGCUGAGGGCUUGUGCCUUUCUUCGCAAAUUUGAGGUUUAAUGGUUUAGGCGCUUUAGGGAUUAGUGGGGUGAGGCCUUGCUGGUGCUAUGUCCGACCUCAGAACGCAGGAAUCUGGCUGCCAGACUGGCUAGGUUCAUGGUAACUUUGCAUCAACGUAGUAUGAGUGGGCAGAUGAACCCAUAACUAUCUUGUAAACCUAUGUGCUCUUAACAUUUUUUUUCUUCUUCAAUUUGGACCAGUUCUCGAUAUAUGCGUGUCAUCCUUGCGCAGGGGCCUCAUGCUAAUCUUCUCUUUCUCUGUAUCGUUCCAAUCCUUUUAACGGAUCUCCCGAAGGACACGCUAAUAACAUCUUACACAAGCACUGAUCUUUUUUUGUUUUUUUAACUUUUUUUUGUUUUUUUAAUCAUCCUCCGGUCAUGCUAGCAGAGGUGAUACAAGCAGCCACUGCUAGCAACACAGGUGGCGCUGAUCUCGAUUCACAGAACAGGACAUUUCUUCUGUUGUGAGGACCGCCGACUGACUGACGCCCUUGUAUAUUGUGACCUGUUUCACUUUUGCAUAGAUGCCCUCACUCUCAGACUACUAUAUUUGAGCUUGUUCGUAGAAAUUGCGACGAUACAGAGAAAAGACUACGCAAUAUGGGGCCCACACAAGCCUGACUCGCGGAAAUCGGAAACUUGUCAACGGCCAGACUGUUUGUGAGCAUAUCCGAAGAAUCCGGUCGUUGCAACAGAGUUAUGCGAGAGACUAUGUCGAGGCGAGGAGGCAUGGGGGGAAAAAAAAAACAUCCAUUUUCUGCACUCUCUGUUUUCCUCAAGCUCAGAGUCGUUGUUUUUGCAACUCAAUCCUAAUCAAUGCCGUCCAGAAAU